AUGGCGAGUGCAGCCCAGUGCUAUUAUUGCUUCGAGUGCCUGUCCGCCUCCUUUGAGGGCCGCGAGCCCGCCAGCUUGGCAGCCGUAGAAGCGCUGUGGGAACAGCAUGAGCAAACUAAGAAGCUUGUGAGCCUGGAGGACCAGAAGAGGAAUGAGACUGUACCUACGCAGGGAGGGAGAGCCGGAGAUGCUUGCAGGGAGUCUGUAAAUGACGACGAGGACGAGGAAACUCCUGUCCAGCAGUCGUCCCAGACAUCGAGUAGUCGACCCAAGGGCUUGAAACUGCCGAGUUUCAGUCGUCUUCAAGGCCAGUGCUCGUCCAAUUCGUCCAGCGCAGCCACUACGCCGUCUGCCAUAUCUAAUACAUCGACCAACUCGCUGCAUUCGGGUUCUUCUAUCGUCACCACGCCGGCCACACAACCGGAGACGCCUGGUUUGCGGGAGCAAAAAGCGGAACAGCGGUAUCCGCUGUUUGUGACGUGGAAUACGGUGUCCCAGGGCGGAAGCAAGUCUCUGCGUGGGUGCAUCGGCACGUUCGAUGGGCAGGAGCUCUCAGGCGGGUUGAAAUCCUAUGCCCUGACCUCGGCCUUUGACGACACCCGCUUCUCCCCAAUCCCUAAAUCCCUUCUUCCCUCGCUUUCAUGCUCCCUAACUCUUCUAGGCUCUUUUGAGCCCUGCACCAAUGCCAUGGACUGGGUUCUCGGAACCCACGGACUCCGCAUUUCCUUCAUCCACAACGGCCGCCGCUACGGGGCCACCUACCUGCCCGACGUCCCCGUCGAACAGGGCUGGACGAAAGAAGAAACGGUCGAGAGCCUCAUGCGUAAAGCCGGGUGGGAUGGCGGCGCUGGCAGCGUUGCGCGGAGACUGCUGCGUGGUACAACCGGCAGGAGCUCCAGCGCCACCAAGCCCUGGGAUCAGGUCUCUGAAUUCCGCACUGUCAAGUACCAGGGCCUCAAGGCGAGUGCCGACUUUGCGCAAUGGCAAGAAUGGCGGGCCUGGGUCCUCUCUUUAGACGAUGGUCGGGAGAUCAUGGGUGCGGCCUGA